GGAGCUGGGGAGGGGCGGUGCCCUGGCUGCUCUUCUGUUUGUGUUGGGAGCUCAGCUGAUGCAGGUCGGCCGAGGGGACUUCCACCCGGGAAGAGGCGCGUCUCCACUACCACCGAAGUAACUGCGGCCUUCAUUCCGGUAAGACCAUGAAUUAUGGCAUUUCUUAAAUGAAGCAUUCAGGAAUGAAGUGAAAAUCAUAACAUAUAGAAAUUAAAUGAUUUUUAAGUUAUGUCUAUUAAUUUGACUAUAGAUAUAUAUUAUAUUUACCUCCUUAGUAAUGCAAGAAGUCUUUGUGGGAAGCAGAGAAACAAGCAACUGCAUUUCUUGUACUCACCUAGACAUUACUGGAGGGUAAGCCACAUCAGUCUGCAAAGAGGUUUUCAUACAAGCAAAAUAAGACGUAAGUGGGCCCAAACUGAAGCCCAUUCUUGCAGUAAGCCCUGUCACUCUCCAAGCAGCCAUGGUUUGCAUAUUGGAAUUUUGAAACUUAGCACUUCUGCUCCCAAGGGACUUACGAAAGUGAGCAUUCGUAUGUCCCGUAUUAAAAGUACUUUGAACUCUGUUUCAAAGGCUGUUUUUGGCAAACAGAAUGAAAUGAUCUCACGUUUAGCUCAAUUUAAGCCAAGUUCUCGAAUAUUAAGAAAAGUAGUGGAUAGUGACUGGUUAAAACAGAAAAACAUUAAACAAGCCAUCAAAGCUCUGAAAAAAUACAGUGGCAAAUCACCAGAAAAGAAGAGUCAUGUUGUAGAUGAAGAUACAGGUAAAGAAAGCCUUUUUCAUUACACAAAUAUAACCACAAAAUUUGGAGAGUCAUUCUAUUUUUUAUCAAGUCAUAUUAAUUCAUACUUCAAACGUGAGGAGAAAAUGUCUAAAGAAAAGGAAAAUAACCAUUUCCGGGACAAAUUAGAACUUGAAGAUAGAAAGGUUGAAGAAGAGAAAUCCAAUUCUCCAGGCAUCCUGGCUGAUAAGAAGCUGGACUCAGAAUCUUCGUCAUCCGCCGUGGACAAACCUACGGGACCCAGUGUGACCCCUGAGGUUCUUCCCGUGUCUACUAAACAGAGCAUUGCUAACUUUCUUUCUCGUCCCACUGAAGGAGUACAGGCUUUAGUCGGUGGUUAUAUUGGUGGACUUGUCCCCAAAUUAAAGUAUGAUUCAAAGAGUCAGUCGGAAGAACAGGACGUGGCUGUUAAGGCUGAACAGACUGUCAGCAAAGACAAAGAUGGAGAGGAGAAAAAGCGGCUCUCUCUUCAGCGAGAAAAGAUUAUUGCAAGAGUGAGUAUUGAUAACAGAACCCGGGCGUUGGUUCAGGCACUGCGAAGAACAGCUGACCCAAAGCUCUGCAUUAAUAGAGUUGAAGAAUUGACUUUUCAUCUCCUAGAAUUUCCUGAAGGAAAAGGAGUGGCUGUCAAGGAAAAAAUUAUUCCGUAUUUAUUGCGAUUGAGACAAAUUAAGGAUGAAACUCUUCAGGCUGCAGUUAGAGAAAUUUUGGCUUUAAUUGGCUAUGUGGAUCCAGUAAAAGGGAGAGGAAUUCGAAUUCUCACAAUUGAUGGUGGAGGAACGAGGGGUGUGGUUGCUCUUCAGACACUACGUAAAUUAGUUGAACUUACUAAGAAGCCAGUUCAUCAGCUUUUUGAUUACAUUUGUGGUGUAAGCACAGGUGCUAUAUUAGCAUUCAUGUUGGGAUUGUUUCAUAUGCCCCUGGAUGAAUGUGAGGAUCUUUAUCGAAGAUUAGGAUCCGAUGUGUUUUCACAAAAUGUUAUUGUUGGAACAGUAAAAAUGAGUUGGAGCCAUGCAUUUUAUGACAGUCACACAUGGGAAAAUAUUCUUAAGGAUAGAAUGGGAUCCUCACUAAUGAUUGAAACAGCAAGAAACCCCACGUGUCCUAAGGUAGCUGCAGUGAGUACCAUAGUAAACAGAGGGAUAACGCCAAAAGCUUUUGUGUUCAGAAACUAUGGUCAUUUUCCUGGAAUCAACUCUCACUAUUUGGGAGGCUGUCACUACAAAAUGUGGCAGGCCAUCCGAGCCUCCUCCGCUGCUCCAGGCUACUUUGCAGAGUACGCACUGGGAAAUGAUCUUCAUCAAGAUGGAGGUUUGCUUCUGAAUAACCCUUCAGCAUUGGCAAUGCAUGAGUGUAAAUGUCUUUGGCCAGAUGUCCCACUGGAGUGCAUAGUAUCCCUGGGCACCGGCCGCUAUGAGAGUGAUGUGAGAAACUCCAUGACAUAUACAAGCUUGAAAACCAAACUAUCUAAUGUCAUCAACAGUGCUACAGACACAGAAGAAGUCCAUGUGAUGCUUGAUGGUCUCUUACCUCCUGACACCUAUUUUAGAUUCAAUCCUGUAAUGUGCGAAAACAUACCUCUAGAUGAAAGUCGAAAUGAAAAGCUGGAUCAGCUGCAGUUGGAGGGGUUAAAGUACAUAGAAAGAAAUGAAGAAAAAAUGAAAAAACUUGCGAAAAUAUUAAGUCAAGAAAAAACAACUCUACAGAAAAUUAAUGAUUGGAUAAAACUAAAAACUGACAUGUAUGAAGGGCUUCCAUUCUUUUCAAAAUUAUGAUCAGUGUGUGCAUAUAUUUGCAUAAAUGAAGGCCUUAUCAGAAGAUCUGAGUUCAGUAAGGAAUUGUGGGGUUCAGCAUGAGUUAACUUUGAAAUAUUUAGGAAUUCCUUGGAAUCCUGAAAAAGAUGGUUCUUGAACCAGCUUGCACAGCACAGAGGGUGUACUUAGUUACAGAAAUCAUAUGGGAAUUAGGUUUUUAUGAUGUUAAUAAUUAUGUGCUUUAGGAAUCUUAUUGUGCUAGCUGCUUUUAGUAGAUAUUGGUGUCAUAUUAUUUGUUUGAUAUUUGAAAAUUUAUUAAUAUAUGUGCCAAACAAGAACUAAAAGCUCUCAUAUAUACUUGGAAUUUUUGUUUUAGUCACCAUAAUCAUGUUGAAUUUAUCUGAUCACUGAUUUUCAAGUGGAAAAGCUAAUUUCUUCUUAAAUUUACACCACUUAUAUUUUCACUAACUAUAUUCUAUGAUCCAAAUGUUGCCUUUCACUGUAAUAUCAUCUAAACAGAUGUAGAAAAAUGAAAUUUUCUCUAUCAAAGAACUUUUACAUUUGAAAUAUGAAAGAACCAGAUAUGGUUUUCAAUUUAAAGUUUGCUUAUUGUUUUGGUUCAAAAAGAUAGAUGAAAUUCAAGCCAACCAUUAUAUCCCCUGAAAUUUCAAGAUAAUGCUGUAUGUUAACUUUUCUAGCUGUACCUUAUCACUCACUAUUAUAAAAUUAACUAUUUGAAUUUAUUCAGCAGAUAUCCCUCUCAUUAACAGAAAUAAACUAUUGAAAUAAUCUA